ACUGUACCGACAGAGACAACGGCGCCGACCUUUACCUGUAUAUAUAUAUAUCACGUUUGUAGUUUUUCGAAAAGAAUGAUGACAGCCGUAUAAUAAAACGAAAUAUUUGAAAAAAAAAACGUGACCACUGACUGGAAGCAUUGUAAACCUUGUUGAAGUUAAGAUGGCAGACGUGAAAGCAGCUUUAAAAGAAGCUCGCAAUCACUUGCGAGAGCAUCGUUAUGUUGAUGCUAUGAAACAGUGUCAAAAAAUUCUCAAAGAUGGAAAAGACAAUUACACUGCUCUUAUUAUACUGGCAGCAGCUCUGCGUGAAAUCGAAGAGCAUAAAGCUCAAACACCUGUGGCUCUUAAAAAAGCAAUUGACUUAAAUCCUAAUAAUCCACUGGCUUGGCAAGGUCUUAUAUCGUUUUAUGAAAAGGAACCAGACAAUGUUACCGCAUGGACUUGGCUUGUGCCUGCUUACUGCAAGCUCUUACAGCUGGACAGUCAAUCUUCGAAGUUCAGUCACUAUGUUACCGAAAUUUCACGAUUGUCCAUACGACUUAAUGACGCCAAAGUAGUGGAAACAGUAUUCAACACGCUCGUGCAGUUGAAGGAAGAGAUCAGUGAUGAUCGCGUAAAAUGUGUGGAAAUUUCGCUGAUGAAUUUAUUUAUAAAAUAUCCAAAAAUGACUCAAGAUCACAUGAUUUUGUACGAAAAAGUUUUGUCUUCCGUUAUUAAGGAUGAAACGUGCAAAGAUCGUCAAGAAUACUUCCACAGAUAUCUCAAAGUUCUCCACAAAACAAAUAAGCUGGAAGCACUUUUGGGAGUUGCUUUACAAAUGUAUGAACAGUUCCCAAAGGAUCCAAAUCCACUAGAAUGGAUUUGUCGAAUAUAUUCCGAACAGACAGUUCUGAAAAGGAAAUGCAAAGGCGUAGAAAUCGAGGAAAUUUACAAAGCUCUUUUUGCCCUCGAGCCAUUUUCACAUUUGGCCACUUUUGCUAAAGGAAUCCAAUUUUGGUGCGAUAACAAUAUGAUCGAAUCUCGCGAUAUUGUUAACCGAGCCGUUACUCUGAACCCCAAACUCUUAUAUGCGUGGAUCUUUCUUGGUGAAAUCAAUAUAAAGCUUCACUGCUGGCUUGAGGCAGAAAACUCGGCUGUUGAAGCUCGUCAACUGUGCGAACACAAGGACGAUGAGAUUCGGGAAAGAAUCGAUUUAGUACUGAUCGAAGCUUUGGCCAAGAGUGGUAACCACAAAAAAUUAUCCCAAGCUAUCGAGGAAUGCCAAAAGUUUCUCGCAAAAAAAGAAACGAUUCGCGUAAAACUACUUCUAGCCCGUGCUUACGUUCUUUUGGACGAUUCGCGGAUGGAACCGUUGCUUAAGGAGCUCGAAAUGGAUGAGGAAUCACAAACCGAAACGACAGUACUGCGAGCCCUGGGGCUAAUGGAGCGAGGAAAAUAUGAAGAAGCGAUCGAUGUCGUUGGUUCUGCCCUCGAAACUUCUGAGGCUUGGAUGAUUCUUGGUGAAAUAAAUUGGCUCACGGACAACUAUUCUCACAGCGUAAUGGCUUUCCUUAAGGGAAUUCAAGCUGAUCCCAAUAAUUUUCGUUGUUUUCUUUAUUUGGGGCAUUAUUAUCGAGAGCGAGGCAAUGAUCUUGAAAAAUCGCGCAAAUGUUACCAAAAAGCGUUACGCAUAAAUCCGAACUCGGAUGAAGCAGGUGUGGGACUGAGUACAGCUUUCAGACUUAUGAAAAAUACUGAAGCAAAUAUGCAAAUGCUGCUGCGAGUAACUACAACUGAAGGUGGUGGACCAAAAUGGGCUUGGUUACAAUUAGGAUUGCAGCAAUUGGACCAAGGUGAAGUGAGUCAGGCUAUCAAAUCAUUACGUUACGUUAUUCGAGCGGAUCCAUACGACAAUCAUUGCUGGGAAUCAUUGGCUGACGCUUAUUUAGUCCGAGGAGCUCAUACAUCAGCCCUAAAAUCUUAUCAAAGAGCUUUGGAGCUCAGUCCAGGAUCCCUAUACCCGAUGAUUCAAUUAGCAAACAUCAAAGUGGUUCUCGGACAACACGAUGAAGCGAAAGAAGAUUUUGGCAAUGUUUUAAGCCAGGAGCCUCGAUACAUCCCUGCUUUGAAAGGGCUUGCAGAAACUUGUCUGGGACUCGCGAAAGGAAACGCGCGACAACAGUUGCUUGGUCGGGCGCGACGCAACGCUCAAAAGGCUGCUGACAGCCUUACCGAUGCAAUCGUCGAGAACAGCGAGUUGUCAUGCAUUUGGAAAUUACUUGGCGAUGCUUGCUACAGCGUUGCUGUUCUUCCGGACAAAUAUUGUUACUUAGCAAUAACUCCGGGUCUCGUGAAAUCCGAUAGCAAAGACGAUCAAAUAAUUAUACGAAAGACUCAAUUAUUCGUUUUGGCCUCACGAUGUUUUUGCAGAGCCUUGAAUCUUUCAAAAGAUUCAUCAUUACUUUGGCAUGACCUCGCCUGCUGUUAUUUGUCUCAGAUGAGAUGCGACCCAAACGCGAAUCGGCUUCAAUUAGCCGAAAAGUCCUUAGCAGCUGCUAAACAAGCGGUUAAACUUUGUCCGUCGACGUGGGUACAUUGGAACAUGUUGACAGCUGUUUGCAUGACUGAAGAAGUUAAAAAUUACGCGCUCGCACAACACUGUUGCGUUAUGGCUAUUGAUAGAGAGCCAAACAACGCGAUCGCUUGGACGAAUCUUGGAACGCUGUACUUGAAUCUUGGUGAUCAUUACAAAGCGAAUGAAGCAUUUUCACGAGCUCAGCGUGCUGAUCCCGAGUACCUUAACAGCUGGAUCGGACAGGGUAUGAUCGCCGAAGCUGUGCACAGAAAAGAAGCGAUGGACCUUUAUCGUCACGCUACGAGCCUUGGGUAUCACAGUCAGGCGGCAAUCGGUUACGCCCAUUGGGUAUUGACGACCCUUCUCGAUGCAGAAGCCAAGAAAGAUCCCCUUUAUACUUACACGAUUGAAAAUAUGCACGCGGUUACCGUCGCCACUGACGCGAUGACCUGGUACAUCGAACGGGUUCCCAUGGAUGCGUGUGGUCGUAACGUUCUUGGUUUGUUGCUCGAGCGUCAAAAGCUGGUAGGACCUGCGGCUUGUGAGUUCCACGAGGCUAUAAAACUUGAAAAGGAUGAAACAAAGAAAGAUUUUGUGAGAAUCAAUCUCGCGCGGGUUGUCGUACAAUUGGGCGAAUAUGAAAAGUCGGUCGAAGCUUGCAAAGAUAUAAAAACAGCGAGCUUCAAGUCCCACUGUCAACUAGCUCUUUCAUUGUUCAAAGCACGACGAUUUGAAGAAUCUUAUGCCGCUUACGAGGCAACGUUGAAUUGGCUAGCCGACGCCGGCUCCGACAAAGCUCACGUACUGUGUGCAAUGGCUGCUAUGGCCUAUAUGUUUCAAGAGGUCGAUGAUGUUAAAACUUUGCUUUUCCAAUGUAUUCAAAUACAACCGCCGACUGUAGCUGGGUUGCUUGCUGCCGCAGCCCUUGGAUUGCUUCACGACGAUUCAAAUCUUACUGGUCUCGUUCUACACGAACUUGAGCCUUACAAGGAUGAGCCUGAAAAUCGUCAUCACGUCGCCAUCCUCACGGCUUAUUCGUGCCUUGUUCAUGGGGACAUUGAUAAGGCUAUACGCGUUCUAUCUAAAGCCGUUCAUCGACAUCCCGAUGAUAUCGGAAGCUGGGUCGGUCUUGUGAAAAUUCUUCUGCAAUGUAAUUCUCGUGCGUUUGCCCAUUGCGCUCAAAAAGCUAUGAUGCUUGGUCGUAAGAUUUCAGCAGUCGGUGUUUCACAAGUAGCUUGCAUUUCUUCCUUGGGCGAUCUUACUGAUGAAGUCAAUGACGCAAUGGUUGAAGUCCAAAGAAAGACGAAAGACAGUCCGAGAAAAGGACUGAGAUCGGUCCAAAAAACAAUCUUCUCAUUUCCCGGCAAUGUUGAGAGUUGGGCAAAUUUCAUCGUUGCACUGUCUCCAGGACUGACAGCAAGCGACGCAAAACCCAAUGCAGCCUGGAUCGCAGGAUUAAUAUCGAUUAUUCGAAAACAAUUCAAAACAACGAAACCAAUGGACGAUUGGCUGUCAAAGAAUGAGACAGAAGCAACGAAUAUCGCUUCGAGUAUUCGUUCUCGGGGCAAUAAAUAUCCAAAUAUGAACCUCGCAGCUUGAAUUAUACAUAAUUGACAUAAUAUAUAUUGAAUAUACACAUAUUUUUUCAUGUGCAUGCAAAAAUCUAAAUGGUUUCUAUUUUUGUUUUUGAUUUUCCAUUCAUAUGUAGUACUUAUCGUAUUCAUCAACGGUGCUGUUGUAUCUUACGGCCAAAAUUGAAAAGAAAUACGAUGAGAAAACUAAA